GAAAACGCAAUACAGAUGGAAAACAAUUAUCACACUACAGAUAUACAUUGUGGUUUGUGCAUUUUCCCUCUGUGGGAAGAAACAUCGAUUACCAUUUUACCUAUUGUGCAUAUUAUACGUGCCAUGCGAACAGCGUAGUAUGAGCCAACCAACCGGCUAGGCUCGUUUGGUUAGCCUCCCAUCAUGAAGUUGCUAUCAAGUCUUUAAUUAUAAGAAAAUAUCCCGCUGUUAAGUUAUCAAAGCAACGCACACACGGGCGGUCUUAAAAGAUGACUGUUCUAACAUGAUAUGGGCGGCGUGAAACAGGAACAGGGCGAAGGAACGCAGGCGAAGGGGCCAAACCCGUCUGAUCCAGUCCAUGAUGAGCCAAGAAAGAGGGGCUGGCCCAAAGGAAAGAAAAGGAAGAAGGUUCUUCCUAACGGGCCCAAAGCACCGGUAACCGGUUAUGUCCGGUUCCUUAAUGAACGCCGAGAGCAGAUGCGGGCCCAAUACCCUGAUUUGCCUUUCCCAGAAAUCACCAAGAGGCUUGGGGCAGAGUGGAGUCGGUUGGUCCCUAACGACAAGCAGCGCUAUCUUGACGAGGCGGAGCGGGAGAAGGUUCAAUACGCCAGAGACCUGAAGGAGUAUCAGCAGACUGAGGCGUACCAGAUCACCAGUGCUAAGAUCCAGGACAAGAAGGUCAAGAAAGAGGACCCGCCCUCUGUGAUCAUCAACACAAGCUCAGGAUCCGGGAUACAAAGGGCGCCUGACCUGUGCCCCCGGUUUGAUAUCCCUAUUUUCACAGAAGAGUUUCUGGACCAGAAUAAAGCGCGCGAGGCCGAGCUGCGGCGGCUGCGGAAGGCCAACGUGGAGUUUGAGGAGCAGAACGCCGUGCUGCAGCGACACAUCAAGGACAUGUGCAGCGCCAAGGACCGGCUGGAGGCGGAGCUGGGCCAGGACGAGCUGCGCACCCAGGCCCUCCACAAGCACCUGCUGGCCAUCAAGCACACGCUGGUCAGCAGCCUCUCCUCGGUCGCCCUGCCAGGCACCGGUGAGACCCCCUCCAUGGGCUCCCUGGACUCCUACCUGAGCCGUCUGAGUGGGGUGCUGGAGAGCAACCCCGUGAAGCACCGCACCCUGCUCAACCAGGUGCGGGAAGUCUUGUCUCACCUGGACAGUGAGAAACUAUGAAGAGGGCAGCGCCACAAUGUCCCCGUACGAGUCCGUGGAGAAGGGAGCGGAGGCAGUAGCAGCCAGACGGUGGGGUCGGGCCAGCCUGGAGCCGUCCGGAGGAACAUUGUGGCUUACCACGGCAGGGACAAUAAAGGAACGUUUUUAAGCACAAGUGCUGCACACAAGGCAUCAGCGCGCCUCCACGGCAUGUGACACGCAUACGUGGAACGCGAACACCGUGACCAGCGUUGUUUGUCAGUGUACGUGGCCGCUGUGUCUGUGGGGAAGCAUGCACAGUUCAGUUCACAGAGGAGAGGUGGUUUGGUAGGACCUGUGAUGAGCUGCUAUUCAUAAAAGCGCUAAAUGUAAAAAAAAAAAAAAAAAAAAACACGAUCGAUUUUAUUAUUUCUUCAAUUGCUCUGCUUGUGGUAUUAGGUGUUAGCAGUGAACCUAUCUUCAUAGUCUGUGCACAGCACAGCCUGUUCAAUACAGGCCCAGCCCUUGUAAUCACUUUAGAGAACUAAUGUGUAGUUGGCAUACGUCCCCGAGGCCUGUACCUCAAAGCAAUAUAAAGCGGUCAGCUGUGUCACGUCGAAAUGAUUCCCCCCCCCCCCCCCCCUUUUACCUGAUGAAGAGCACCUGCAGCAUACAUUGGAACAAAUGACUGGCUGAAUGCUCCUUAUUUAGUGCUUAACCCGGAGGGUGAGUUGUUGAAUGACCAAAUAUUGUUCUUAUAUUCCUGUGAGAUGGUGGACAUUAAAGUGGUAGGUUGUUGGCGUCAUGCAUGAGAUCCUGCGGGACUCUUAUGAAUUUAUAUUUGUCAAGAUUAUUUGUAUCAUCUGUCAACCUAUUCAGUUAAUUCAUUGCCUCUAUUUGUAAUAAAAUAACAGUUAUUUUUUUUCUGUGCAA